CUCCUGCCACUUGCUUGAAUUAGUAAACGGCCUUGCGAUGACACUUGGAUGGGGUUUCGUUUCCUUCCGUUCCCGAGAAUAUCGUUGUACAGAACAUCAGUGUACCGUUGACACUUGACAAAUGCGUAAUUAUCAUUGUGGUGACCUCCUCUGAUUAUGUGCGACCACUUGCCGGUGCGGUUACCUCUAAGAGCAGGAUUACAACACAGUGCCAGGAGCCUUUUUAUGCUUCAAAAUUAUGACAAGCAUGUGAGAAUUUCUAUCAACCGAUGUGGAUUUCUUCCUUCCAACAACUUUCCUGCUCCCCUGCCUCCUGCCUAGUUUUCUCGGAAACCCUCAUCUGUGCCAUGUUCUGCGCUCUCAACACAAGAGGAGUUUGUCUUCAUGAAGAUUCCUAACAUUGGUAAUGUGAUGAAUAAAUUUGAGAUCCUUGGGGUUGUAGGUGAAGGAGCGUAUGGGGUUGUUUUAAAAUGCAGGCACAAGGAGACCCAUGAAAUUGUGGCCAUCAAGAAAUUCAAGGACAGCGAAGAAAAUGAAGAAGUCAAGGAAACGACUUUACGGGAGCUAAAAAUGCUUCGCACUCUAAAACAGGAAAACAUCGUGGAGCUAAAGGAAGCCUUCCGCAGGAGGGGGAAGCUGUACUUGGUCUUUGAGUAUGUGGAAAAAAACAUGCUUGAAUUGUUGGAAGAAAUGCCGAAUGGAGUUCCGCCCGAAAAAGUCAAAAGCUAUAUCUACCAGCUUAUCAAAGCAAUUCACUGGUGCCACAAAAAUGAUAUUGUUCAUCGAGAUAUCAAACCAGAAAAUCUCUUAAUCAGCCAUACUGACAUUCUGAAGCUCUGUGACUUUGGUUUUGCUCGUAAUCUGUCCGAGGGCAACAACGCCAAUUAUACGGAGUAUGUGGCCACCAGAUGGUAUCGGUCACCUGAGCUUUUACUGGGAGCCCCGUAUGGAAAAUCUGUGGACAUGUGGUCUGUGGGCUGUAUUCUUGGAGAACUUAGUGAUGGCCAGCCAUUAUUUCCUGGAGAAAGUGAAAUUGACCAGCUUUUUACCAUUCAGAAGGUGCUAGGACCUCUCCCUCCAGAGCAGAUGAAACUUUUCUACAGCAACCCUCGUUUUCAUGGACUUAGGUUCCCCGCCGUUAAUCACCCGCAGUCUCUGGAGAGAAGAUAUCUAGGAAUUUUAAGUGGUGUUCUACUUGACUUGAUGAAGAAUUUAUUGAAGCUGGACCCAGCCGAUCGAUUCUUGACUGAGCAGUGUUUGAAUCACCCUUCGUUUCAAACCCAGAGACUUUUAGAUCGUUGUGGAAGUUCCCCUUCACGCUCAGCAAAGAGAAAACCGUACCACGUAGAAAGCAACACAUUGUCUAAUAGAAACCAAGCCGGCAAAAGCCUGCAGGCGCACCACCGAUCGAACAGCAAAGACAUCCAGAACCUGAGCGUGGGGCCGCCCCGGGGCGAGGACGGCCUCCAAGCCACCGAGAGCUUCCUGAACGGCAACCUGCCGGGGGCGGCCCACAGCCCCAUGCACGCCAAAAACUACCCAGCCGGCGGCCAGCCUGGGGCCGCCGGCAAAGAUCUCGCCAACAACAACAUCCCCCACCUCCUCAGCCCCAAGGAAGCCAAGCCCAAGCCGGAGUUCGACUUCGGCGUCGAGCCGAAGGCCUCGGACGGCCCCGGGUCCAAGUACCUCAAGUCGACGGGCCGGGCGCAGCAGAACCGGCACUCUUUCGUGGAGGGCUCGCAGGGCAAAACGGGCACGCUGCAGCUGGGCGAGAAGCACGGCCGCCACGGCUACAUCGACACCAUCCCCCAGUCGUCCAAGAGCCCUUCCUACCGGACCAAGCCGAAGAGCCACGGGGCCCUGAGCGACUCCAAAUCCGUCAGCAACCUCGCCGAAGCCAGGGCUCAGAUUCCCGAGGGCAACAGCGGCGGCGGCGGCGGCAGGUAUUUCCCGUCCAGCUGCCUGGACUUGAACUCUCCCACCAGCCCGACUCCUCCCCGGCCCGGCGACAACCGAACGCUGCUCAGCCCUUCGGGGAGGACCAACCGGAGCGACGGCACUCUGGACUCGCGCCGGCCGACCCCGCGGCACUCGAAAACGAUGGAGGAGCUGAAGCUGCCCGACCCCGUGGACGGGAGCCACUCUCACUCCCUGUCGGCACCGCACGAGUCUUUUUCCUACGGUCUGGGCUACACCAGCCCCUUCUCUUCCCAGCAACGCCCUCACCGGCAUUCCAUGUACGUGACUCGGGACAAAGUGAGAGCAAAGGGCUCGGAAGGAGGCUUGAGCGUAGGGCAAGGGAUGGCAGCCAGAGCCAACAGCCUUCAACUCUUAUCACCACAGCCAGGUGAACAAAUUCCCCCCGAGAUAAAUCUCACGAGACCUCCGAUGAAAGAUUCAUCCAGAGACGGCACCUCCGCGUUUCACUCGCGCCAAAAGUCCGAGGGUGGAGCUUACCUUGACCCGCAUUCAGACGACGGAGCGGCCUCCAAGGAAAACAGACAUCUCUUCAACGAUCCUGUCCCGAGGAGAGUCGGCAGCUUCUACAGAGUUCCAUCUCCUCGGCCAGAUAAUUCAUUCCAUGAAAAUAAUAUGUCGUCUCGCGUUACGUCACUGCCAUCGGAUAGCAGCUGUGCCACCAACCUCUCAAAAAGACAGACAACUUUCGAUCCAUGGAAAAGUCCUGAAAACGUUAGUCACUCCGAACAACUUAAGGAGAAGGAAAAGCAAGGCUUUUUCCGGUCGAUGAAAAAGAAAAAAAAGAAAUCUCAAACAGUGCCCAACACAGACAGCCAGGAUCUCCUGGCGUUCCAGAAAGCCAUGCAUCCUUCUAAUCACCAAAGCAGCAGGCCGAAGGAGUGGCGCCCCGAGAAGAUGACAGACCUCCAGACGCACACCCAGCCUCUAAAAUCCCUUCGCAAACUAUUGCACCUCUCUUCCACCUCCAACCACCCACCUUCUUCCGACGCCCGCUUUCAGCCCAUUCCCAGCCAGCCGGCCAAAGGGUCCUUCUCGGAGGUGUGCAUUCACCCCCUGAGCCAAGCGUCCAGCAGCAGCAGCGGCAGCGGGAACGUCCGACAGGAAGGGGCUCCGAAAGGCCGGCCGACGCUGCAGCUGCCGGGCCAGAUCGAUCCCGGGUGGCACGUCCCCCCGGGGGGCAGGAGCCCCAGCGAGGGGGGCUCCUACUCGGAGCAACUGGGCUCCAAGGCCGGGCCCAACGGGCUGCCCUAUAACAGAACAAACCGAUCCCGGAUGCCCAACCUGAAUGACUUAAAAGAGACGGCCCUGUAAUUAGACUCGGGGGGGGGAAAUCCCAUCCGGCUC